CGGACUUCCAUAUUGGUUUAUCAUCGGUUAUAAACAUAACAUUUCAAAUAUUAAUUUCUCAAUCAUUAAAUGGAAUUAAAAUGUAAGCAAUUAUUAGAUAAAUGCCUACAGCUUUUAACUGUCAGUGGGGAUUGAUGGCACGCGGUCUGACGCUGAAACAAUAACGCGCUUCAGACUUCCCCUGGAUCCGGACCGCUGGCUGGAAGCGAAACUCUGAUCAUUUCAACGUUGCUUUAGCGAAAACUGGACGGAAUAAUGCGCUUUCCGCAAACUAAAUACAUGUGAAUGACGGUGGGGAGAGAUGGUCAUGUGGUAUAGAGGGAAGAAAGGACACAGACAUCGGAAUGCCACAGGCUAUCUCUCUGCUGGCCUUCCUUCUUGUGCUCAUAGGAUACGCUUUUGCAGGGCUCAGUAUAUGGCCCUCUUUCCACGUGGCCCUAAGUAAUGGAAGUGUAUUUGUGGACUUCAGUGUAAAAUCCAAAAACAACUCCAUCAGCAACAUGAGCCUCUCCCUAGUCAACAUGGAAACCAAUACCUCGGUUCUGUCCAGGCCCCUCCCCGGCCACCAACUGGUCGGUAGGGAGGAGUUUGAUUGUUCCUGCUUCCUGUAUGCAGGAACUUUCCGGUUCCUGUUGAGGCAAACAAGCAUCACUACUAUUCCCAAUGCUAAUGGCUCAGAUGUCAGCCACACGGUGACCUCAGCCUCCUGGUGGAGCUCUGAGCUGCAAGUGCAAUGGCCCACUUUUCACAUUUCUGUGGAGAGGGCAGGAAACCAUUCUGAAUAUUUUCAGGUUGGCUUAUCCACUAAUGAACACUUCCAGGCUUGCUCCAGUGGCAUGGACUCAGCCCUCCUCUUAGAAGUCAGUUACUCGGAGUACAACCAGAUUGGACGAAACACCACUAACAAAGUCCGAGGUCAAAUACGGAAACCAAUCAAGCCACUUCGUUCGCAGAGAGUUGAGCUGCCCUGUGCUUUCUGGUUCACGGAGAGAGACUUCAUCACAGUGGUCAUACGAUCCCCUCACACAGAACAAGAAGUGAAGAACUCCGGACCUCUCUAUCCAUCCCGUAUUUUCCCCUACAAACUACUGGUGGAAAACGUCAACGCUUAUAAAAGUGGUUGCAUGGACACAAUGACUGUGAAGAUGAUAACGCCACCAUGUACCCAUGUUAAUGGGAAAAUACAGCUAUAUAACGCAAGUAUUGGAAAGGGGGGUGAUUUUACAUCCACUGUGAUGGAGCCUGAACCAGAGGAAUCUUCUUUGCUGGCAUUUAAUUGGCUGACACAAGAGGAAAAUGAGACUGAAUUCAACUGCUCAGUUUUUUACCCAGGAAGGAAUAAGUACUGCUUCCGCUUUGUUUUCAAUUUUAGUCGAUUGUCUAGUCCAGCAGAGAAGUGUCUGGUGGUUUACAGAAGUGCAGAAUCUUGGGGGCCCUGGCAGCCAUGGAGUGUUUGCAGUGUGAGUUGUGGAGAAGGGGUGAGAGAAAGAGCACGGGAGUGUUUGCUGCCCUCAGGUGUGGAAGGCGUGAAGUGCGCUGGCAUGGUGAAGGAACGGUCUCCAUGCUCCCUGGAGGACUGUAAUAUGUUAUCUUCUCCAUCUCCAUCCCUGCCUUCUGUACCUGUGGGAGCAUCGCGGUUUGGUGGGAACAUGAUUGUGGUGUUGGGUAUUUCAUUCUGCUUGGCAGUGAUCAUGGUGACUAUAGUGGUGACUGUGUGGAGAAAGCUUUACCAGACUCCUCAGUGUAGCUCGGUCCAUAGAGGCUCCAUUCAUCCCCCGGGGGGGCGCAAGCUUUCAGAUGAGGCCUCCAUCUGUGGCCACAGUCUUCAAAGACCCAGUCUUUCUGAUGGUCAUUUCCCAUCGGCUGCAGUCAUUCCCCAAAAACGACCCUCACUUGGAGCUCCGCCUCUCUCGCCACAGGCACCAGUGAUGACACUUUCACAGGAUCCAGAAAGGCUAUCUCCCACAGGUCAGAAGGUGUUACCACCAAUAUUUGGCUACCGUCUGGCUCAGCAGCAGCUAAAAGAGAUGAAGAAGCAGGGCUUAAAGGAGGCCACCCAGCUGUACCAUGUCUCCUCAAGCCCAGUCCAUGACACUGUGGUAGAGACAUGUGCCUCACCCACCACCUCCCCUGUUCCAUCCCCUACUGGAUUUGUUUGUUCUGCUCUACCUGUGGGUACGCAGGACACUGCUAACAGCAGCCAUGUUGGCACAUCUACUCCUCUGUCUGAGGCUUCACGUUCCAGAGUGGAGUUUGUUUCAGGUCCUUCUGACUCGGGGAGGAGCUCUAGAUGGCGAGACCGCACAGCUGACUGGGUGGAGAUGGUAGAGAGGAGUAAGAUGGCCGGUCUUAGGGGAGGAGAUGCAGUAUCGGGGAAUAGUUACAACAGGAAUCCAAACUUCAGACGGACCUCCAGCUUUAAUGACACCAAACUCCUUUCAACUUCCUCAGCUCAAUCCGUGCAUUUUAGAGAAAGGAGCAUGACCCAGGUGGGAUCUCGGACUCUUCCAGAAGGAAGUUCUUGGACCAAAGGGAAAUGGGAGAGACAGCCUCACCCCUCUUACCCCAUCCCUGAGCACAGAGUCUCAGAUUGGAGUACAACAAAACCCCAAAUUCACAGCCAGAGGAGGACUUCUCAAAAUACUCAAGUCAAACACAUGGGAACAAACACAAAAACCUCAUUAUCUGAUAAACAUGUUAAAGACUUCAGUGGCACAGGGGAAAGAAAGACGCUUGUCGACUCUGGAGGCAGAGGUGGAAAUUUGGUCUCAGGGAUCGGAGGUCCAUCCCUCACACUCUCCUGGUCUCGUGAGGUGAAUCAUCUGGAUGUAGAGCGAGCUGAGCGGGCUGAGCAGAACUGGAAUCGGCGAGGCCCCUCACCUAUCCAGGGAAACAUCCUGGCCAGGAAACUGAAAGAAGCUCAGCUGUGCUCUGGAGGCAAAGGACGCCAGCGCAGCUCCAGCUUUAACAUGUCUUCAUCUGAGUGUAGGAGGGAUUGGUGCCAAUCACUGCCAAUAUCUAGAGACCAGAGCAGCAGUGGUGGCUCCCCCUACAGGCUGAGUGAGGCAGAACAGAGGAUGCUGGACUUGGAUCUGUCCCCAGUGUUUGUACAGAAGGAGUAGAAGAGCAUAUUACCCCUCAUUUCCACUGGGUUACACUGCCAUGUUAACAUUAUGGUAAAAAGAAAAAAAAAAUACAACUAACUCUUUAACACUUUUAAUGUAUAAUUUUGAAUAUUUGCAAGUUAUGAUAGACAAUUUCACCCUUUCUGCAACGUCAAGCAUCUUUAGAAGAACAACAUCAUAAAAAAUCCAACACAUGAAGGGUUUAUAUAAACUGUUAAGCCACAGUUUCAGUCAUGCUGUGAAGCCUCAAUGUUUAUUGCUGUAGAUAUUGUGGUAAUUUCUUCAGGGACCUUUAGAAUCUGUAUAUUAAUUUGUAUAUACUGGAGAAGCAUCGAUAUGUGCACAUGUUAUAUAUAUACUGUUAAACUGGAAUUUCUUUUGAGAUGUUCUACAGUGCCUUAAAAGAUAUGUACUGUGAUUUUUUUAGACUGUCUUGCGUUACAA